AUGAAGAUGCGUGUAAAGAUUUCUAGGUACGAAAGCGUAGAGGGGAGAGAUUUAAAGAUGGGGACCAAAACUCAGAAUUCUAGAGGGAAAAUGUUCAUGGUCUAUCUAAUACUAAUCUCAUUAUCGUUUCUAGGUUUGAUCUUAGCCUUUAAACCAAUUUUUCUGCUAAAGCAAAUCACUUCUCCAUCGUUGGAUUUACGUAUCGAUCUUCCUGCGCCGCAAGUCAACAGAAACCCAAGAUGGCUCCGAGUCGUGCGUAACUAUCUACCGGAAAAGCGAAUCCGAGUCGGCUUCCUUAACAUCGAUGAGCAUGAGCGUGAGAGCUUCGAGGCUCGUGGGCCAUUGAUACUUGACAAUGUCCACGUGUCACUCGAUCCACUCCCGGAUAAUGUCACUUGGAAGAGUCUCUUCCCGGAGUGGAUUGACGAGGAAGGUUCUAACUGCCCGGAGAUUCCUCUCCCUAAGCCGGAAGGUUCUGAUGCUGACAUGGACGUCAUUGUUGCUAGAGUUCCGUGCGAAGGGUGGUCGGAGGAUAAAGGACUAAGGGAUGUUUUCAGGCUCCAGGUUAAUUUGGCGGUGGCCAAUCUAGCGGUCCAGAGUGGGUUAAGGAGGGUUGAUCAGACGGUGUACAUUGUGUUCAUCGGGUCAUGUGGACCCAUGCAUGAGAUCUUCAGGUGCGACGAGCGCGUAAUGCACGUGGGGGAUUAUUGGGUGUAUAGGCCUUACAUCCCGAGGUUGAAGCAAAAGCUUCUCAUGCCUGUUGGUUCAUGCCGCGUUGCUUCUCCAUUUGCUCAACUUGGCCAAGAAGCCUGGAGACCAAAAAAUGAAGACAAUCAUACAUCCCAGGCGGUUACAGCCUCACCCCUUAGGUUACGGGUCGCCUAUGUGACAGUACUACACUCGUCAGAGGCCUAUGUUUGUGGGGCAAUAGCCUUGGCACAAAGCAUAAGACAAUCAGGAUCAACUAAGGACAUGAUUCUCCUCCAUGAUCAAUCCAUAACCUACAGGUCCCUUGUUGGUCUCAGAUCUGCGGGUUGGAAUCUCCGGCUAAUUGACAGAAUCCGUAGCCCUUUCUCGGAGAAAGACUCUUACAAUGAGUGGAACUACAGCAAAUUGCGUGUGUGGCAAGUAACUGACUAUGAUAAACUUGUCUUCAUAGACGCAGAUUUCAUCAUCCUUAAGAAGCUUGAUUACCUCUUCUACUAUCCGCAACUUUCGGCUUCAGGCAACGACAAAAUGUUAUUUAACUCCGGAGUCAUGGUUCUUGAGCCAUCGCCAUGUAUGUUUAAAGAUCUAAUAGAGAAAUCGUUAAAGAUCGGGUCAUACAAUGGAGGAGACCAGGGAUUCCUCAAUGAGAUCUUUGUAUGGUGGCACAGGUUAUCGAAACGUGUGAACACAAUGAAGUACUUCGACGAAAAAGACAAAGGAACGCACAAUCUUUCGGAGAAUCUAGAGGGUGUGCACUACUUGGGAUUGAAACCAUGGGUAUGUUACAGAGACUACGAUUGCAAUUGGGACAUGAGCGAACGGCACGUGUUUGCGAGUGAUUCCCUGCACGAGAAAUGGUGGAAUGUAUAUGACAAGAUGUCAAAGCAGUUGAAGGGUUAUUGUGGUUUAAAUAAGCAGAUGGAGAAGAGGAUUAAGAAGUGGAGAGCAAUCGCUAAGAACAAUAGUUUGCCUGGUAGGCAUUGGGAGAUUGAAGUGAAAGAUCCUAGAAAGAAGAACCUUCUUAUUCAGUGA